AUGGAAGGUGUCAAUCAGACCCUGCAGGUGACUGAAUUCUUGUUCCUGGGUUUCUCUGGCAUACCCAGAGGCCGCCCCUUCCUCUUUCUGCUCUUCCUGGCCAUCUACCUCAUCACCUUGGUGGCCAACUCAAUGAUUCUCAUCUUGAUCCAGCUGGAUUCGCGCCUCCACAGCCCGAUGUACUAUUUCCUCAGCCAUUUGUCCUGCUUAGACAUUUGUUAUUCCUCAGUCAAUCUCCCUGCCAUCCUGGUGAACCUCCUGCGCCAGCAGCCCUCCAUCUCCUACAACGAGUGCAUGGCCCAGAUGUACUUCCUGAUGAGCUUUGCAGGGACUGAAUCUGCACUGCUGGCUGUGAUGGCCUAUGACCGCUAUGCAGCCAUCUGUGAACCUUUGCGCUAUUCUCAGCUCAUGAGUAGGAGGGUGCGAGUCCCUCUGGCUACAGCUUCGUGGAUCUGGGGCCUUGUUGACUCUGCCAUUCACACUGCAUUGGCCACCGAUUUGACCUUCUGUGGAAACAACCAGAUCCAUCACAUCUUUUGUGAUGUCCCCCCACUCUUGAAAAUUGCCUGCAGUGACACCUACACCAAUGAGCUGACUCUUCACACAGCAAGUAUCUUUGUGGGGUUCUGCCCUUUCCUCCUGGUUGUCAUUUCGUAUGUCUACAUCUUAUCUACAAUUCUGAAGAUCCGUUCUAGCACUGGAAGGAGAAAGACCUUCUCCACCUGUGCUGCCCACUUGAUUACCGUCAUUGUCUACUUUGGGAUGAUCAACUUGAAUUACAACCGUCCGAGUGUGGGCUACUCCUUGGGUGUGGACACUCUGAUCUCCAUCCUAUAUUGUGUUGUCACCCCCAUGCUGAACCCCCUAAUAUACAGCCUCCGAAACAAGGAGGUCAAAGGGGCCCUACAAAAACUUCUGUGCACUCAGGAGAAGGACGAUGCAUCUUCUGGGAAGCAAUGA